AUGGCUGCCUAUUGGAAUAUCCCAGUUAUUGGUUACAUGGCCUCUGGGACAAAAUUCGCCGAUAAGACAAUCUAUAAGACGUUGGCUCGAGUCUCAUUAAGAACCACAAAUUCACUAGCUCAAGCUGUCGCAUCACUACUGAAACAUUUCGGCUGGCAGAAGGUCUCUGAAUUGAUUGAUUUGAUCAUCUCAGCAGAUCUUGAUCUAGAAUUAUCUUUGAAUUGGACUUUGUGCCAUGCCUAUGUAGUCUCAAGUAGGUAG